AUGAGGUUUCCUGGCACCUGCUCCGGCAAGCGCAAGCGCAAGCGCUCCUCCUUGCGGCGUUCCCUGGAGUACCUAGGCGUGUCGCGGCUCCGUCGCCGCCGCCUCCUCGCCUUCCUCUCGCGCCACGGCUUCAAAACCACAUUCGAAGCGUUGCUCCACGAGACCAACUCCUUCUUCAGCGUCGCGCACCUGCAGCGCCUAGCGAGGCUGGGCCAGUGGGGCGAAGCCAUUGGGUACGUUUACCGUUUCGUCCCCAACAUCGACUUGCUCGGCGAGGAGGGGAAUCUCUUCUUUAGCUUCAUCAGCCUACACGAAGUCAUUCACUCCAUCGCAACCGGCGAGCCGGGCGGCGCCGUGCUGGCGGAGUUGUAUGAGCACGAGCUCCUGAAGAAGCACCCAAACCCCAACCCCGACCUCCCCAACGUCAAGCUCAUCCGCAUGCUCGCCGACUUGUGCCGCUCCCACCAGCUCAGGGCCUCCGUCAACUGGCUCCUCGUCAGGUACAAGGCCGCGGAAAUUGCCAAGGAUUUGAUCGCUAGGACUCCUGAGUUCAGUGACCUGGUCCGGUUGCCCAACUGCCCAGACAAGCCACACAAUAUUCUCCCCAUCCGAUCCUGUUCUCACUCAAGAUAUCACAUGAAGAAAAUAGCCCCAAUUCCAGCUGCUCAUCUUGCAAAAUUCUACCUUCAGAAGAAGAGCCUGCUAUCUUUAAGUCGCUGUGAGGGGAGUUCUGCUGUGUCAGGGUUAUCAGGUGGGGCAACAGCCUUGCUGGCAAAAUUUAUUGAUAUUUCUGUGCGAGCUGGUAUGAGCCAAGCUGUCCAGGAUGAGCAUCCAGUUGAAGAUUCAUGCAAUGAAGCAAUCCUCCCAAAAUGCAAGCGGGAGUCAUCCGCAUCUUGUAACCUCAGCAUGAUGGAGGUCUCCUCCGCCAAGCGCAAGCAAGUGCGGCAUCCACUAGAUUACCCCUGCGUGUCACGGCUUCGUCACCGUCGCCUUCUCGCCUUCCUCCGGUGGCGCUAUGGCUCCACCUUCAAAGCGUUUGUCCAUGAAACGGGUGUGUUUUUCAGCAUCGAGCACCUGGAGCGCCUUGUUUUUCUGGGCCAGUGGGACGAUGCCAUCAAGUAUGUGUCCCGCUUCGUGCCGUCUCUUGACAAACUUGGCAGCGAGGGUACUGUCUUCUCGAACUUCCUCCAGGUGCAGAAAGCCCUUCACUCCAUUGCCGCCGGCGAACCGUACGGAACUCUGAUGGCGAUGCAGUAUGAGCGCAACCUUAAGAAGUACCCCAACUCUGACCCCGGAACUGUGAAGCUCACCAGAGUGCUCUUGACCAUGCUCCGCUGCGAGAAUCUUCGGACCUCCAUCGACUGGUCUUGCAUGAGAUUCAAGGCUGCAGAGAUUGUCAAGGAUUUGAUCACCAAGACUCCCAAGUUCAAUGACCUGCUGCGGUUGCCCAACUGCCGAGACAAACCACACACCAUUCUCCCCAUCGGAUCCUGUUCUCACCAGAGGCAUCACAUGAAGGAAAGAGGACGAACUCCAUCGUCUGAUAUUGCCAACUUCUACCUUCAGAAGAAGAGGAGCCUGCCAUCUUCAAGUCACUGUGAGGGGAAUUCUGUAGUGUCAGGAUUGUCAUGUGAGGAAUCAACCUGGCUGGCCGAUAUUACUGUUGAGUCUCUGCUUGCUGGUUUAGGCAGAGUUGUCCAACAGGGGCACUCAUUUAAAGGUUCAUGCAAUGAAGGCCUGAAGCAUACAAUGAUCACUGGAUAUACUGGUGGCGAAGUUUCUUUUCCAAGAAACAACCCAAAAAAAAGGCCACUCACAACUGUUUGCCAAGUGUUGAAUCCAAAAAGGCAACACUUAUCUGGAGAGUUUGGUCAACUUGCAUGCUUAAUCUAUGAGGUGCACCACUUGCAGGGAAAUGCAGGAGUCGUCCAUCCAGGACGUACGAUGUAUCAACAGUAAAUAUCACGAAAAUUCCAGCUUGGUCGAAGCGGUAGGAUUGCAACUCGCCCAAUAAAAUCGAGUUACUGAUCAAGUACGUGGUGGUCAUGGUCUUCCCGCUGUGUUUCCCGGUCUCCGCCGAAGGAUGUCUGACUGCCACAGGCCAACAGUGUUAGAUUAUUAGUUUGAGUGAUGCAACUCAUUUGGUUUGUCUGUUAAAAUAGUUACUAAGACUACCCGUGAAGGAUGCCUUUGUUUAAUUGCUUUGUGUAAAUUGUUCGUUACUAGAAAAAUCAACUCUUAAGCGGAAAUCCACUUUGGCUCA